GGAAGCCAUACCACAUUUUGCCAGUGAGAGAAAAGUUUGAAAAGGUGCGCUGAAAUAAGAAGAAAGUUUUAGAAGUGACUCAUCACUGUGUCUAUUUUCCUACACAUGGCCGUUCUGAAGUAUUAGUCAUCGAUUGACAGUUCGGGAAAUACGAAUACUAUUGUGAAUCAAUAUAAACAACUUUGAUUUUGUGAGAAACAAACUUUUUUCAAAACAACGGACUAUCGAACAAUGGAAACACAUGAUACAACCUUCUAUCACGAUCACGGAAUUAACGGCGUAAAGAUGGAAAACCAAGUAGUAAGUCAGCUCAAAAGAAAAAUGACUCUCGAUUUUGAUAGCGGUUCGGGGCCUAAAUCAAAACAAAUGAAAAUGGGGAAUUUAUUACAGUCGCCAGACUUGAACAUGUUGAAAUUGGCAUCUCCAGAAUUGGAGAAAAUGAUCAUCCAAGCCAAUGGUAUGGUGACAACCACACCUACACCAACUCAGUUUCUUUUCCCUAAAUAUGUGACAGACGAGCAGGAGGCGUACGCCCGGGGGUUCGUGGAAGCUUUGGCCCAACUCCAUGGCACGAACCCAGAGGACGAAAAUGAUCUUGAUAACGAGGACGGAUUUUCUGGGUCCGAAUCGGACACCUCAUCUUUGUCAUCGGUCAGUAGAGCAACACACUCCCUCCCCACAACCUCAACACUGACCUCAUUGAGCACCACUACCACCCUCCCCGGGGGUGUUGUACAUGUUAACAAGCCAGGCACUCAAGGAUCUAUCGGAAACAGGUUCAGAACCAAGGAGGAACCACAGACAGUCCCAAGUUUUGGGUCUUCACCUCCACUGUCCCCAAUCAACAUGGAGAGCCAAGAAAGAAUUAAAUUAGAGCGAAAACGUGCCAGAAACCGUGUGGCAGCCAGAAAGUGUCGUACGCGGAAACUCGAGAGAAUUUCUCGAUUGGAAGAUAGAGUGUCAGACUUAAAGGGACAAAAUUCAAAUUUGGCAACAACAGCAUCAUCACUCAGGGACCAAGUGUGUAAAUUAAAGCAGCAAAUUAUUGAACAUGUUAGCAGUGGUUGUCAAAUUAUGAUGACAAACAGUUUGAACUUUUAAAUGUGCCUUCCAGUAUGUGAACUGAAAAAACUUGAAUGUGUUCGAAAAAAUUCAUGAAGUUGAUAUGUACAUUUAAAAGUUUUUAUUCUAAUUAAAUUAACAAUUUAUUUCUGUAGUAAAUUCUGCAAAUUUAAAUUUAAUGUAACAUUUAGAACAAAAACUUUGAUCUUUUACAUAUUGACUUAAAGAUGAAAUUUUGCCAGUGCCAAUUGUGUAAAACAUGAAUGUGAUGCAGGUCGAUAUUGUUUGCAUUGUCUCCAAAAAGUUUCUGUUUAUAACCCAGAAUAUCAAUUUCUUCACUGAAGGUAGAUUCUUUUUAUUAUUAAGUAAUUUGAUUCAUUUUAAAGUAAACUUAACAUUUUUCAAAAGUAAAAUAUUUCACAUUCUUGUAGUUAAGCUGUUUAAGUGCUACUAAUGUACUAGGGAUGGGGUUGGAUAUUACAGAAGUGAUAGACAGGUUAAUGUAACAGAUAACUGUUUUCCAUGUUCAACUGCAAAUUGUGAUAUUGUUCCAUUAUCAGUUUUAUGCCUCAUUACGUGUAUAUAUAUAUAUAUAUACAAAUCUUGUAAAUAACACAUUUAUUAUUUCUUCAUGAGUAUUGUGUGGAUCACCAGAUUUACAUCACAAUAAUCGUGUCAUUGUAUUAAAAAUCAUUAUCAUGUUAUUACAAAGAUUCACCCAAAUCAAAUUUCAACAAAGCUUUGUAUGUUAUUUUGCAUAAUUUAAAACUUUUAUAUGAAAUUAAAUGUUGAUAUUUU